AUGAGUUCCAACGGGAAAUCCGCAUUAUCUGGUGAUUCCUCCUCGGAGAAACCAAAAGGCGUUCAGGCUGAGUCCUAUUCCGGACCGAUCAACCCCAUCGACACACCCUGUGUCUCUUCCAGCCACUCAAUCGGCGAGCCCUACUCGAAGCAAGCCAAAGUAGUAGUGUCGGUCUCCUCCGGUCUGACCAAACUCAGCGUACCUGAUUCGAAGAAACCCAGUGCUUUGAGCCGUGAGAUGUUUGAUAAAUGGGAAGCUCAAGAAUGGUGGGGUGAGAAUUUUGAGAAGGUCAUGGAGUUAUACAAUGUGCAGCAACUUAAUCAGCAGAGUGUCCCUGUUCCAACCGCUCCUCCUAGAUCCAAAGAUGAGAGCUGCAGCAAGAACAGUCCUGCAACUCCACCUCUAGACAAAGAAUGUCCUGGAGGAAAAUGCUUACUCACGGCUAACCAAGCAAGAACACAAACACAAAGUCGGUACCACCGUGAUUCGUCUGGUCUUGCAACGACGCCAAAGCUUUCUAGCAUAAGUGGGACCCGAACCGAGACAUCAUCGGUUGAUAUGUCUGCAAGAAGUAGUGGCUCAUCAAGGGAAGAAGAAGAAGAAGAAGAAGAUGGAGAUUAUUCAAUGGAGGUCUCGGUAAGUAAUGCAAGUGACAUGGAAACAGAAUGGGUGGAACAAGACGAAGAUGGUGUUUAUAUCACAAUCAGAGCUUGA